AUGGAACCGAAGCUUUUCGAUGUUCCUAUUAGUGUCUCAAACUCAAUGCUAAGUUCCAAAUGUGAUUGCAAACGAAGAAGAAUCAAUGAAGUUACAAUUAUGGAUUUUCCGGGGGCGAUUAUGGUGGAAAUUCUCUCAAAAUUGCCAAUCAAGCUCAUUUUCCGAUGCAAGUUUGUUUGCAAAAGUUGGUAUAAUCUCAUAACUUCUGAUCCUCUAUUUGUCAACAUGUAUCACGCUAGAUCGCGUAAAUUUCCUUGCAUUCUGCUUUCGAAAAAUUAUUCUGUCUGUUAUCUGCUUGAACUUGGAGCAGAUUAUGACUAUACUUCUCAAAGCGUAAACAGACGUAUUAUCUUGCACCGUAAUUUACACCUUCCUCAUCCCGUUGAUUUGGUUUCUGAGGAUGAUGACUUAUAUGGUGUUGGUGGUUUUGAUAAAACAAACUUGACAUUAAUUGGUUCGUGUAAUGGAUUCAUUUGUUUGUUGCAUUGUGAAACACAUGAGGUAAAUCAUUCAGUUUGCAUUAGCAAUCCUCUUUUGGGUGAGUAUUUCAAGGUUAAAUUGCCCAAAAGGGAGAAGAGAAUUCGUCGUAUUUGUUAUGGAUUUUGCUUUAGUGAAGCCUCUGGACAGUAUAAAGUAUUGAGAUUAGUAAAUAGGAAGUUUCGGGGUCGUCCAGACGUAUCUGAAUUAGAGGUUUAUACUCUUGGAGUUGAUGAGAAGAACUGGAGGAAUGUGGGCAAAGCUCCAAGUUCUUUAUGGGGAAAACUUAGUGGUGUUAAUGUCAAUAAUACUAUUCAUUGGAUGGAUGGUGCAAAUUUUCUAAAGAGUGCCAACAUUUACUCCUUUAAUAUCGUGACAGAAGAAGGGAAGUCCCUGCCAGCUCCAUCUGGUCUAGAAACUCCAUCUGUGUUCUUGAAGCUAGCAGAGUUGGGGAAUUGUCUAUGUUUGUCUGAUAAUAGCUCUUUUUAUUAUAUUGAUAUAUGGUGGAUGAAAGAGUAUGGGAUAGCUGAAUCUUAG